GUGUGUGUGUGUGUGUGUUGCAAACGAGAGACCACCAACAGGAUACAAGAUUCCAAAAGAUCAACCUGAAAAUUUCAAAUAAUGAAGUGCUCCUCUGGCUUUUUCAUGAACAACACGGGCAUUGUGCAUAUUAGUCAAGACAGUAAUAAAAUACUGACAAAUUAAAUGUUUGUUUAGGCAACCCGUCUGAACUAACAACGAGCUGUGAGAUAUUGAGUUAAUGGAUGUCUGGCAAGGUCCUAAAUGCAUGGCCUUCUGUUGCCCUCACUUGUGUUGCGCAGGGGUUUGCCUUGAUGUUACAUUCUCAAUGAAUGAGUCAUACUUGGCUGGGAGGGUGCCGGUCUACAAGAACAGGGAAGUGUGUCUAUAAACAGUGCAAGUGAAGUGGGCUAAUUUCUAAAAACACACACACGCCAACAAUACCACCUCAAAAACUCAUCAGUCAUUUUGGCUUAAAUCUGCUGGUUAUUUGUAAGCCAUCGCAUGAAAGAACAACUGGGUGGAUGAUUAUAUGCAGAGACCAUAUUGUACUCAACCUCUGGUGGACAACCAAUGCCAUUCAUGCUCCUCCUCUACAAGACUAUCUUGCAUAAAUAUGCAUGUAACAGCCUUCAGUCAGCAUCUUAAAAUCGAAACAAAUGCAUAGGCCUACCACCAAAGACUGAUAGCCAGUAUCCUAAACAGUACCCUGCAUUGGUUGUAUUGAUGAGAUAUGCAUAUCCUCAAAUUGAAGAAUUCAACAGCCACUCUAAGUUUCUAUAUCACACAUGUUAUGUAAAAAUGGUUGUGCUGUCACAGUUCCAAAAGGUUGGGGACACCGCCAUAUCAGUAGGUGGCGAUACACUCCAUAUUGUUGUUAAAUCUGGUGUUGUUGUGCAGAGAAGAAGAACGCUAACAAAACCAUACAGAAUACAAGUAGCUACAAAGUUAUUGUUGUUGAAGGGAGUGAAACACUCAAGACGAAAUCAUUCUGGAAGUCGAAAGUGUAACAUAUUAUGGAUACAAAGAAAACGGUUAUCGUGACAGGAUUCGAGCCAUUUGGAGAACACAAAGUAAAUGCCAGCUGGAGUGCAGUACAGGAGUUGGAGAAGCUGGGUUUGGGUGAAGACAUUCACCUGGUCGUGAAAGAGAUCCCAGUAGAGUACAAAGCCGUCAGUGAAAUACUUCCUUCACUAUGGGAACAAUAUAAACCUGAGCUGGUGGUCCACGUCGGUGUCUCAGGAAUCGCCACCUCCGUCACCCUGGAGCAGUGUGGACGCAACCGUGGAUACAACCGCCUGGACAACUGCGACACCUGUCCCCUCUCACAGUGCUGCAUUGACGGGGGCCCAGACUGCUUGAUGUCGGUCAUAGACAUGGACUCCGUAUGCAAGAGAGUGAAGACCUGCAGACUGGGUGUUGGCUUCUGUGUAUCAAAGGAUGCCGGCAGAUAUUUAUGUGACUACACAUACUACACCUCGCUGCACCUAGGCAACCGCAGGUGUGCGUUCGUGCACGUGCCGCCACUUGGGAAGCGUCACACCGCGGAAGGCCUCGGCCAAGCCCUGCAGGCAGUUGUCACGGAAAUGCUCAAGAUGCUGAGAGACCAACGGUAUCACGGCCAGGAGGGGCACCGCUGUUAAGGACACUAGCGCUACCCCAAACUGCACACCUGUGGUCAACUGAGAGUGAUUGUCUCAGUUAACCUGUUUGAGUGAACACAACAGUGUGUUUGUCCCUUACUUAGGAUUUCCCAUUACCCCACCUGGCCACAGUCAAUGAUGCUGGGCUUGGGCCAAAUUCUGCCCACCUCACUGCCACAGUGGCUCAGUGUGGUCCAAUGACGUUCCCGAUGUUGUUGACACAAGUUACUUUAACUUCAGUUGAUGCUACUGCGGUCAUGCGGAGAGCUGCCACCAGGUCGGUCUCUGCUGACGAUUGCACUUUAUGAAAGGGUUAAUUUAAAGGGCUGAACAUGUGGUGUCUAUGCGCUGCAGAUGUACUGUAAUACAGAUGUACUUCUGUUGUGCCCAAUGGCAUCUUGUACAAGUAUUACACUUAUAGUUAUGGUUAACGGGUCCACUGUGGCUACCAAGUAAUUGGUUACAUAAUUUCAGAACUGGCCUGAAACAUUCCGUAAAUGUGUGAAGUAUCUAGUGUGCAAGGUUUGUUAAGUUAUUCAGCAAUCAUUGACUAACUUCGGUUAUCUGGCAUAGCACCACAUGUUCAUAUCCUUUGAAAAGAAAACCCAAAGUUGCCUUUAAUUGGUAAGGCAGUUGUCCAUUCCAGUGUACAGCAGAGGUUAAUCUGGAUUAUUGUUUUACAUUCCAUUCCAUUAUUCUGGAUAAAAAUAAAGUUAUGUUGCAAAAAAGGAAGAAAAAAAACCUACUGUGAAAAGCCUUCAAUGAUGUCAGGCUACUUCACAACAUUAAAUGUGACUCAUUCCUUCAAAUUUUAUUACAGCAAUCCAGAAUGUAUUGUUAUAUGUAAUUUCUAAAACAAGCAUAUGGCUCAGCACUGUCUGAAAAAAUAUUUUUUGUUAAUAAACUUUAUCAAAUAAUUAUA